GAACGCCUCAGCAUCUAGUUCCUGAGGUAUAUCGUGCUGGCCUGUGUGAAAGGCGCUCAGUAAUCGACUGCAAUCCGAGCGUAGCGGAGCGUCAUCUCAACAGGUCGCGGCGGCCAAAGGCUUGCCAUACCUACAUUGCCAAUGUCACACCCAAUAAGAUGGCAACGGGCGUACGACUUCCACCCAAUUGGACAUACGCCGCCGACAUCGCUAGUCCGGGAUAUUCCACCCGAGAAGGACGCAAACAUCCUAAUCCUGCAAUGCAGUGAUCCUCACUAUAUCUUCUACACUCUUUACUCCAGCGGUUCUGAUGACUCAUUAUCCACGCGUAAAUUGGACUUCACCCGCUCCAACGAUGAGCCCGCCAUCCUUGCGAGGAAUAUCUUGCUCUACACCUUGAUUCUACGAGACGACUUUGACAGCAAGAAACAUUUGAUCUGGAAUAUCUUUUACCAUCUACUCCUAGAUGAUGCUUCGCUAUCGCUUCUCAUUGAACAAUGUAGGAAUAUUUCUCUGCUAUCGAGACAAACAGAGGCCUGGGACACCGGAAAGUACGCCGAGUUUAUCAAAAUCGGUACUCAACUCACGCUGCAAGAGCUGCACCACCACUGGAGUUGGUACGCUCGUACGGGUACCUUCAACGACACUCACAAGACAAGGCUCAAGGACAAGCUUUUACGCUACCAGAAGAAACACCAGAAAUACUACCGUGGCUUCGUUAACACGUUCCCGGCACGAGCAACAGGACCGAUGUGGAUGGACGCUGGAGUGAUCAUGAACGAGGCUUACCACCGUUACUGGGAAACUGGGACCACAUAUACCCGCGAGUAUGAUAUCCAGAACGCAGUUUAUGUCAACCCCCUCUUCGCGUACUCCAAUUCUCAGCAAACAUUCGCUACUAACGAUUUCACCGCACCCCUCGCGACAUUCUUGAUGGCAGAUGCGUUCUGCUCACUCCACCCCGCAGACUCUUCCACUUGGCCGAAACCUACUGUCGAUGAUCUGCAUGCUGUUGCACGAUCGCAAUUCUACACGUGGUGCCUCUGUUUCCGCUCCUGUGUACAGUCACGUAAGGUCAUUCUUCGUCACAUUUACAGCGAUCCCCUGGCGCUUGGGCUGACUCUGCAAGAAUAUGCGCGCUCUAAACGCACCUCGAUAGCAUGUCGCGUAAAGCCAUGGCGGGCGGCGUUUCUAGUCCUGGACGGCGAUGGUUUUUGCGCAGAUACUAGUAAACCAUCCGCCCUGUUAUAUUUCGACGUGAUAGACACCGCGAACCUAAGCGAUACUCAAGGCAUACUUAACGUACUCGUCGCCUGCAUACCCGUCCUCAAGACUACGGCAUGGGCAACUCUGUAUACGGAAACUCAGGACGUAUAUGGCGAUGAUCCCGUCACGGAUUCACUGGUCCAACUCUGUGGUGACCUCGGUACCAUGUCCCUCUUUCUCGACCUAGCACCAAUAUCCUAUCUGUCCAAGUUUCGAAGCGAGGCCAACAUCGAAGAACUAACCUCGCGCCAGCUGAUUCUCAGUGUCAAGGGGUUCGUAGAAAGACUCACCUGGCGACGACCGUCGUGUCUCGAGACGAACGACAGGACCUUGGUUGUUACAGCUCCCCAGAUGGAGGACUUCCUGUACAACCUCUGCCUCCAGAUGUUCCAGCGCGAGGCUGUUAGUCCAGACGACGAGACAGAGGGCUCAGAGCAUGAACGUAGUCGGGCGCACUACUGCCGCCGCUCCUUCGCGCUGCUCGUCCGCCACCUAGCAAGCCGGGUCUCGACCGACUGGGCCGCGGUAGUCGAGAACCUCGGGGACCGCAUGAACAUGUCCUACGAUCUCAUGAUUGCUAGAGUCAGCCUCUUCGACUAUGCAUGUCAGUUUUACCAAACGGGCGUCCACUCAGAGCUACACUACCGGCUCGGGAACGUGAUGCACCUUGAGAGUAGGCUGUACAGCCGGCUCCGCGAGUGGAGAGACAUUCCGCCAGUGGUGUGGCUCGCGUUCCCUGUCCCGCGCGCGACGCUCCGGGUGCUAGAUGAGAAGGAUGCGCCGCACAACCCACCAAUCUCCGUCGGCGUCGGCUCGGAGGUUAGCGACGAGUCAUAUCAUUUCCCGAGCUUUGAACCUUUCUUCGGCUCGUUGACCAUCGAAAGCCACGCCGACCGUGCACGGGCAUAUAUCACUGAAGAUACGCAGGGGCGGCGUGGGGACUCGCCGCUUAUCGUCACAUUCUGCAUGCCAACGCAUCUGCUCGCGCGCCCAGCGGGCAUGGAGAUGUCGGUGCGUCUGCUUGUGCUCAAGACGCCUGAGACGACCAAGUUCUACGCCAAAUACGGUAACGUCGGUCGCUUCUUCGAACUCUCUACAACGGACCCGCGCGUGCACGUCCUCACGCAGCCACCCACCCUUCGCAGGGACGCGAAGGUUGAGCCGCUUAUUAACUCCCCCAUCUUUCGUGCGGUUUCUGUCCCGGACUCGGUUCACAUCGGCUUUGACAACAAAAAAGAGAAGGUGGCAACGAUGACCGUGCGUACCACGUUCGAGGAUCCUGAGAUCAAAGCCGCGCUUACGGACAAGGUGGCGACCCCAGUCGACUUCGAACAUACAUGCUAUUGCGUUGUGCGAGUUAAACUUGGCUCUCGCUUUCAUCGAGACGUGCUGUUCCCAUACCCAAUCGACGGAACGAAAGUCAGGAUCCGACUCUCUCGUCGCGAGUCAUGGGUCGAAGCCAUUGCUGUCCCGUCACCGUUAGGAAAGUCCUCCGUCGAGCUACCCAAGCACUGUUUCCCAAUGAUCGCCGACGCCAGCGGAAGUGUGCCUUGGAACUUACACCGUAUCUUAUUGGGCCGCCUGCCCCAGUUGUCAACAAAGAGCGUUAACAUGCUCCGCUGGGUACACCGACACGUCGACUUUGCCUUCUCCAGACAGGAGAACCAGGCGCGAAGCGAUCCAUUGGCUAAUAAAGACACGCUCACCUUAAUCAAGAGCACGAUAUCUUCCAUAUUUAAAAACUUCCUUGGCUCGAGGGACACGCCCGGGCGGAGUACGAUUAUGCUCGCACGCCAGGACGGCAGCCUCGACUUCAUGCUCUUUGUGGCCGGCCUGCGUCUCGACGCUGCUGCACACACUGUUGUGCUUGAUAGCUUCAUCCCGCACGCGUCUACAGAUGCCCUUCGCCGGCUCACCAAUAGCCUAUGCUCAAAGGCAGCACGCAUCACACUCUUCAAUGAAGAAUCUCGUGUGUGGAGGCGGCUCCUGCUUGUGCUGGCUGAGCGCUGCAGAGAGUGGCGACACGCGCCCGAGUGUCGGUAUCUCUCUACCACGGCAGGCGAAGCACCGCUCCCGCUGGACGAGUGGCCGCUCUGUGAGUGUGGGCAGGGCAGAGAUAUAGAUGCCCUCAGGCGCAAGAAGGACUGGGCUCCCUUUGCGCCUUACACGACACGUGUGGCGGUGAGUCAGCUCUUCGCGGUGUCAUAUCUCGAGGUUAUGUGCGGCAACGUCUUGCAUGACAAGAUGAUCAUCUUCGACGAGCAUAAUGUUCCCGUGGGGAACAUGAGGCUGCUCUUAGAUGAGGGAGGUAGGGACGGCAAGGACGACUGGGAUACGUACUGCCUCAUCAUCUAUGAAUUCUUGAUCACCGUCAACGACGAGAUCAACAUCGUCUGGAAGAGGUCCAUCACUGUGUCCGCUGUUCUCCUUGGCUCGGUGCGAUGCUGUCUACCGCUUAAUAUUGUGAACUGGAUAAUCUUCCUCACUGGAUUCGUCCAGAUCUCACUCUUCUCCGCUCUGCGCGUCUUCGCGAUUUGGAACAGGAGCUAUAUUUGGUCGCUUGUAGUGUUUGCACUAAGCAUGGCGCCGUUCGUGACGAACCUAAUUGAAGCGACGGUGUCGAAGUAUAGUUCCACCACGGAGCCAUUCUUUGGUGUGGUAUGCAUCCAGAAGACGCCAUUCUCCGUGCAGAAGACAAUCGUGUACAUCACCCGCAGUUCACCACUCGUCGCCGAUACGGUAGUGCUCAUCCUGACGUGGAUCAAGACCUUCGGGCACUGGAGGAGCGCUCGCAGUGUCAACAUCAGGGUGCCGCUAACGACGUGUCUGCUGCGAGACGGAACGCUCUAUUUUAUGUCGCUGCUAGCGAUUAAUAUCGCUCAGCUGCUGACCUACAACUUCCCUGCGGGCACGUCAGCCGUGUCCGCGUUUAUAACGAUCCUGCCUCUGCUGCUCGUCAAUCGCUUCAUGAUCAACCUACGCACGGUCAACUCGGAGGCGCCGGACUACUCGCUAUGCGUCGGUGAUCAGCAGCAAGGACCGCCGACAUUGCAAGUCAGAGGCCCAGUGAAUCGAUUGGGUAAUAUUGGGGGGACGCUGCAGGAUGGCUUGGAAGACGAGCCCUGGGUCCAGGAGGAUAGCUCCGCAGGGGUGGACGAGGUGGGCCCUCGUCAGACUAGCGCGGAAGCGUGA